AUGGCGUCAGCAGAGAUUAAUAUGGCGUCCUCGGACAUAAUAACCGAAGUGGAGAUUCAACCUGAUAUUCAGGAGGUUGAAAUAGAAACGAUACCGGUUGAGAUACCCUGCGAGACCGUGGAAACUACGAUCGAAGGUGAAGAUGGCCAGCCGAUGAUAGCACUUCAAACACUUCCAGAGCCAGGACGCGAAGAAAUCAUACUACAGACGCAAGAGGAAAUCGUCGGUACUGAUCCACUGAGCGUGUAUGAUCAAAUCCCGGUCCCAGAGAACGAUAUUUAUGUCGAGUCAAGUCCCGGCCCAUCGAGAAAGGGUCCUAAGAAGGCCAGGAAAAGUGGCUCGUCGAAAUUCAGAUCGUCCGACCAUACGAUUUUCGGGGAAAUGGGCUCGGAAACGAAGGCUAGAAAGUGGGAGCAGAAGCAAGUGCAAAUUAAGACGCUCGAAGGUGAAUUCUCGGUGACGAUGUGGGCAUCGGGUACCGAUGACGGUAAUAGCUUUUGUUUGGGACUGCUUGUUGUUGUUAAAGGGAGUGUCCUAUUAGCUCCUCACCUGGUGGAUGUUCCAGAUGAAGGCUCAAAUCCAGAGCCUGAUCCAGACUACACAGAAUACAUGACUGGUAAAUCCAAUACCAAAUUCAAUCACUCUGGAAGUUCUAUUUCUGAUGGAAUGCCAGGUCUUGACCUUUCGGAUCCAAAGCAACUGGCAGAAUUUGCUAGACCUGGUCAUAAAUUGAAAGUACGCAAACCACCUGUUCUAGACGGUGUAGAACGCACUAUAGCUUGUCCACAUAAAGGAUGCACAAAAAUGUUCAGAGAUAACAGUGCAAUGCGUAAACAUUUACAUACUCAUGGGCCAAGGGUGCAUGUAUGUGCAGAAUGUGGGAAAGCUUUUGUUGAAAGUUCCAAAUUGAAAAGGCACCAGUUGGUUCAUACAGGAGAAAAACCUUUCCAAUGUACAUUUGAAGGAUGUGGUAAAAGGUUUAGUCUGGAUUUCAAUCUUCGUACUCAUGUUAGAAUUCAUACAGGAGACAGACCUUAUGUAUGUCCAUUUGAUGGAUGUAGCAAAAAAUUUGCACAAUCAACGAAUUUAAAGUCACAUAUAUUAACACAUGCGAAGGCUAAGUCACGUAAUGCCAUUGGCAGAGGAGUACAACAAAUUCAACUUCAACAACCUCAAUUUGUUCAAGUUGAAGUUGCAGAUGUGGAUAAUCAACAAUUCAUUGUUUAUGCUGAUUAG